AUGGCCAAAGCACGUGUUAAGAAGCGCACUCACCUCCGGCCGCAAAAUGCCUCUUCAGGGUCUAACAAGGCCGGCGCUGCUUCUAUGAACAAGACCCCCAAGUCUAUGGUCAUUCGAAUUGGCGGUUCGCAGGUUGGUACCAGUGUCAGCCAAUUGGUCAAGGAUGUUCGACGGAUGAUGGAGCCCGAAACAGCAGUGCGAUUGAAGGAACGCAAAUCCAACCGACUGCGCGAUUACACCGUCAUGGCCGGUCCCCUCGGUGUCACACAUUUGAUGCUUUUCUCCAAGUCCGCCACCGGAAACACCAACAUGCGUAUUGCAGUCACACCUCGCGGCCCGACCAUGCAUUUCCAAGUCGAGAACUAUUCGCUCUGCCGAGACGUUGAGCGCGCAAUGAAGCGCCCCCAGAGUGGAGGCCAGGAUCACAAGACACCACCUCUUUUGGUGAUGAACAACUUCAACACCGCAGAUGUCACAGAGGACUCCAAGGUGCCCAAGCGCCUCGAGUCUCUCACCACCACAAUCUUCCAAUCCCUUUUCCCUCCCAUCAACCCGCAAGCCACCCCCCUUCACUCUAUUCGUCGUGUCAUGUUGUUGAACCGUGAGCCAUCUACCGAGAACGACGGAUCAUAUGUCCUCAGUCUCCGACACUACGCCAUUGCUACGAAGAAGACCGGUGUGUCAAAACGCAUCCGUCGUCUGGACCCCAAGGAAAUCCGAAACAGAGAAAAGAAGAAGGCCACUGUCCCAAAUCUCGGUAAACUGGAAGACGCUGCCGACUACUUGCUCGAUCCCUCCGCGGCAGGCUACACAUCUGCUUCCGAGACAGAGCUGGACACGGACAACGAGGUGGAGAUUCUGGAGAGUGCAACCCGAAGAGUUCUCAACAAGCGUGAGCAGCAACGCCAAAAGGCCGCAGAGAAGGGCGAGAAGAAGCCUGCUACUGCACCGGGUGUGGAGAAGCGGGCCGUCAAGCUGGUCGAAUUGGGCCCCCGCCUCAAGCUUCGAUUGAUGAAGGUCGAGGAUGGUGUCUGUGAUGGUCAGGUUAUGUGGCACGACUAUGUCACUAAGACUGAGAGAGAGAAGAAGCUUCUGGAACAGACCUGGGCCGUCCGCCGCAAGGAGAAGGCAGCUCGCAAGAAGCUGCAGAAGGAUAAUAUUGAGAAGAAGAAGGCAGAGAAGGCCAAGGCGAGAUCUAAGGGCGAGAAGGUGGAGGACGACGACGAGGAUGAGGAAAUGGAUGACGAGGCCGAUUGGCUCAGCGACGACUUUGGCGCGGAAGACGAUGGAGAUGAGGAUUCUGAGCCUGAAGCUGGCGAUGGAGACGAGUCUAUGGAGGAGUAA